UUUGUUGAUUUUACACUGUUUUCAAUGGGGCUUGAAUUGGUUCAGUGCACCCUGAUUCUGUUUACUACCUGGAACUUGAUCCGCAGUGUGUCAAAGGUUAUUCAGUAUGAAUGACAAGAAUUUAAAGUUGUACAAGUCUGUCACGCGUAAUAUGUCCGCCGUUAUCAACAUCACUAUUUAAACACAGACUCGAUUGCUUAACAUCGUUUUUGUGUGCAAACAAUUAGAGUGAUUGUUUAUAGACAGCCAGACAGCGAUCCGUUCAUUAUGAAUUGAAGGGAAAGUGAUACAGUUGAGACUAAUUCCAUGAAACGCCUGGAGCAUUAGUUGGCAAGUCUACUCCACGCAAGCCACAUGUAUUAUGAAGUCGAAGGACAUAAUCUCGUGGUUAGAAACAAACGGAAGUUUACUCUUGUUUCAUUGUGGGACAAAAGCCAAAUUUUAUCGCUUCCUCAUUUCAGUCAAAGCUACUGCGGUGUCUGCAUGUUCAGUUGAACUGUCAAAGAUUCUGCUGAAAAUGUCGUCAAAUUUGGCAGCCUUUUCUUGUUGGUUGUUACUACAGCAUGUACAUUUAGUGAUGAUGAUGGUGUCGACAUGCCACGGAGUUCUCCCUCUCAAUCCCAUCAAGGACCGAGAAACGAUAUCGGAGCACCGUGGCUCAGCGGGUGUAAUCACGGGGCGCUCACGGUCUUGUGUGCCUGGCUACACCUGCUUGUGUUACUCCGAUAGCGGUAACUCACACAUCUACAAGAAAGUCCAGUGUGACGCUGCAGGGGUGAAUUUCGAUGCCUUGAUGGAGUCCAUUCCACCUGCCGAGCUGAUACUCCUGACGUGUGCCUUCGACCGCAGCAGACAUAACCUGACGGCUACAGCUCUGGCCAAGCACGCUCAAAGUCUUCAGCAUCUACAGCUGUCUCUCUGCUUCGUGGGGAACAUCGAUCCGGACACCUUCUCCGAAACCUCUUCCAUGGAGAUGGUCGACAUCUUCCGCGCUUCCUUGACACCUGACAAUCUCCCAGCUUUUGGAAAAAUUACAAAUGAUGACGGGGACAAGAGUGUUACUGUCCACUUGCAAACUAAUGAACUGACCGCCUUGCCUGAAUUCGCGUUUGGGACUGAACGCAACAAAAACAUCACGGGACUAUCUCUGAGUUAUAACGGUAUGCAGGCGGUUGCACCCAAGGCGUUUUGGGGUUUAGGUAAACUUGAGAAAGUGUAUCUGAACAACAAUGGAAUUUCCGUCUUGCAAAACGCAACUUUCGAAGGAUGCCACAAUUUGGAAAAGCUCUCUCUCCAUGACAAUAACAUCAGUUUGAUCGAAGAUGGCGCCCUCGCACCAUUAACGUCUCUCCGAGUGCUGGACUUGCAAAGGAAUCGCCUGCGUUCCCUCGACGCAUGCGCAUUCCGCGGGAUGGCGCAACUGCAGUUUUUGAACCUCAGUCACAACAGUCUUGGCAGCUUGCCAGAUGGAAUCUUCGAGGGUCUGACGUCACUGAAGGAGCUUCGCCUGGAGUGGAACUCGCUCCUCUAUUUUGAGUCUCGGCUCAUCGGGUCAUCACCUUUGGGUCAGCUGACGUUAUUCAACAUCUCCCAUAAUUCCCUUCGUGACGUCACACCAUUCCUCCUGCAGACGAAGAUGAGCAACCUCGUCAGCGCUGAUUUCUCAUUUAACAGUCUGCGCAUGCUCCGUUCGGGAGCCGUGACAGGUUUGCCUUUACUACAGGAGGUCAAUUUUCGAAACAAUUCCUUGUCCCAUUUAGAGUGGGCCGCGAUAGCACAGACACCAACACUUCUCGCAGUUGAUUUUCGAUUCAACAAUUUCAGUCUGGUGCCCGAGGCAUUCGUGGACAUGUUCAUCGUGGAAAUACAACGAGAGAAGCAAAUAUCUACGCUGCUCGGCGGGAACCCGUUCUCAUGUGGUUGCUACUGGUCCCUUGUUGUGAGAUUGAGUAGUGAGAAUUUCUACCCCGUUGUGCUGGUCGACAUUGAAGAAUUCGUGUGCGAAGCGCCCUCUUUUGUCAAAGGAAGACGGUUCAUGCAACUUGAGAAGGACGAGUUUUGGUGUCCACUCGACUCGUGCAUUCUUCAAGGCUGCCAGUGUUUUAACCGAACAAUAGACAAGGCGCCGAUCAUAAUUUGCCAAGAAAACGCUGCCCUAGCUGACUUCGGACAACUUCCUGUUACCAUAGCUACAUUCGAAUGCCUUGGUUGCUUAGGCACCGGUAUCUCGUCGGUGCCCGCACAAAGCUUCGCUGGUCUCUCUCACUUACAGACGCUGAAUUUGAAUGGGAACAAUCUUACCUCUAUCAGACCGGGAACUUUAUCAGAUUUAGCGAAUCUCCAAAGGCUGUCAUUUGGUGAUAAUAAUUUGAAUAGAGUCAGCAGCAGUGAGAUGACGUCAUUGUCGUCAUUGGUGACAGUUGAUUUCCAUAGUAACAGACUGCGUCAUGUAGGAGUCGAUGUUUUCGCUUCAAGCCAAGACCUGCAAAGCAUUGACUUGAGUGACAAUGAAUUAGCAACUCUCCCGGAUGGAUUGUUUAACCUCACGGAUGAUUUGCAAUCAGUGCGUCUCUAUGGCAACCCACUGGUUUGCAAUUGCUCUUUGCUCUGGCUGAAGUAUUGGAUGCAGGAGAACUUCCGUAUCGUUGAGCAACUACAAGCCGUGCUGUGUGCUACCAACGAAACGGACGUCUGGAUACCAGUUGUUCGGGUUGCCGACGAAGACUUUGGUUGUACGAACGGCAGUGACGUCAUCACAAAGAUUGUCGUUCAUAAUAACGUUGUUUUGCUAUCUGUGACCUCUUCCGUUGUGUUUAUUGUCUUUGUGGCAUCCCUGGUUGCUGUGCGGUACCGUUUCUCUAUCAGGGUUAUGCUGUACACUCGUUUGGGAUUGCUUUGGGUUCAUGGCACUGAAGAUGAGAACGAGAGUGAUUUCAUCUACGACGCCUACCUCGCAUACAGCGACGACAACAUCAAACAGGCAAUCCACGAAAUCGGUCCACGGUUAGAAGAAAGGGCGCCCCCAUACAUCGCCUGUCUACGACACCGCGACUUCCCUGUGGGAGAUUCCCUCUCCACCACCAUAGUGGAGUCUAUCAACGCGAGCAAACGAACAAUACUGAUCCUCAGCCCCAGCUUUUUUGAAAGCGAGUGGUGCUCAUUGGAGUUCCAAGCCGCGCAUGCGCAGACCCUCCGGGAUAAGAUGAACCGCAUCAUCGUCGUCAUCGUGGAAGAUUUCUCGCGAGAUUUGCUGGAGGAAGACUUAAAGCUGUACAUGUCAGCAAGUCGGUGCUUAAAGAUGACAGAUCCGCUAUUUUGGGAUAAACUCUUUUUCGCUCUUCCCAAGAAAGCCAAGGAAAAGAACACUGAUUUACUUUUAGAUAAUCAGGAAGUGAGGCUUGACCCUUGUCAUGCAGGCCACGUGAUAACAUAAAGUUGUGACGUUUCCCACAUCUUGGCUUCGUCUGGCUCUGGCUAUCUUUGAACACAAUCAUAAAGAUUAAUUGAUUUUGAAACCAAACGCUGAUGGUACAUGUACCAUCGGCGUUUGGUUUCAAAAUAAAUUAAUCUUUAUCUAACCCGAACUCACAUCAGACAAUUUGAUGUAGCGUAGUUACAUUGACUAGAAGGCUUACUCAGGGGCCUUUUUAAAAUGAUGAUUUUGUAGCUGAAUUUAGUCUUCACAGCCGAAGUUGGAGUAGUCUGUGAGUAUCACCCGUUGUCCGCGGAGCCCUCUCUAUCUCCAGUCCAACGUCUGUAUAUAAUUAUCUAAGCAUGCAAAUUUAUGCGACCCCGCUUGCCAGCCAAUCAGAGUUGAUUUUACAAAACUGUAACGUCGAUUCGAUCAGAAAAGCGGGCUAAGCUGGGGUGGUUUUGCUUAAAGAUGACAGACCUAUGUUCCCCAAUACCGAUGUUCCCC